UACUAUUACCUUUGCCGACCGACUUCAGUGUAAGUCGGAUUGCUUUAUCGUAAUCAUGAGAGAUUUUGCAUUCGUACUCUUAAUCUUUUCCGUCGUCAUUGCCAUUAAGGGAUCUGAGCUGGAUGCCAUCCGCCUUCGCCGGACACCUUUAACUCAGUUGGAGGGACAUUCAAUUCUACCGUUCAACAGACACCGACGACAAAGCUUCGGAGGUACCAUGAUCUACGAUAUGGACUUUUCGAAGUUCAUAAAUACUUUUAAGAGCUUGUUCUCGAACAAAGGUGGUGGUCGAGCAAAACCAAAUGAGGUUAAAGCAAGUGAUCAAGUAGCUCCAAUCCCGCCACCAGCGGUAAUAGAAACGCCCCUCAACGCGGGGGCACCUAAUUCAGGUGUAGCAGAUACAAGUGGUCCUGCAGCGAUUGAGCCAGCAGCUGACGAAGUAAAGGUGCCGAAUAACUUGCCACCGCUAAACAGUGGCGACCAGAGUAAUGCAUGAAAAAAGGAUGGCAAAUAAAGUUAAUUAGCUCAAAUCCUUGCAGAUGCCGAUUUGUAUCAUAAAUAAGGUGAAACAUUUCUGA